AUUAUUAAGGAUGUUGAGGACUUUGAGGAAGCUACUGUAAAGGAAAGUCCAGUUCCUCCAAAGGAACCCAAGAAUAUAGAACAGGCUUCAACCGAGGACAAAAAAAUGUCAGUAUGGCUGUAUUUUCACAUCAAUUGCAUAUUACUAAAACCGUCCUGUCUGCACUUACAGUGAGGGAAAAAAGUAUUUGAUUUUGAUCCCCUGCUGAUUUUGUACGUUUGCCCACUGACAAAGAAAUGAUCAGUCUAUAAUUUUAAUGGUAGGUUUAUUUGAACAGCGAGAGACAGAAUAACAACAAAAAAAUACAGAAAAAACGCAUAAUGUUAUAAAUUGAUUUGCAUUUUAAUGAGGGAAAUAAGUAUUUGACCCCUCUGCAAAACAUGACUUAGUACUUGGUGGCAAAACCCUUGUUGGCAAUCACAGAGGUCAGACGUUUCUUGUAGUUGGCCACCAGGUUUGCACACAUCUCAGGAGGGAUUUUGUCCCACUCCCCUUUGCAGAUCUUCUCCAAGUCAUUAAGGUUUUGAGGCUGACGUUUGGCAACUCAAACCUUCAGCUCCCUCCACAGAUUUUCUAUGGGAUUAAGGUCUGGAGAAUGGCUAGGUCACUCCAGGACCUUAAUGUGCUUCUUCUUGAGCCACUCCUUUGUUGCCUUGGCCGUGUGUUUUGGGUCAUUGUCAUGCUGGAAUACCCAUCCACGACCCAUUUUCAAUGCCCUGGCUGAGGGAAGGAGGUUCUCACCCAAGAUUUGACGGUACAUGGCCACGUCCAUCGUCCCUUUGAUGCGGUGAAGUUGUCCUGUCCCCUUAGCAGAAAAACACCCCCAAAGCAUAAUGUUUCCACCUCCAUGUUUGACGGUGGGGAUGGUGUUCUUGGGGUCAUAGGCAGCAUUCCUCCUCCUCCAAACACGGUGAGUUGAGUUGAUGCCAAAGAGCUCCAUUUUGGUCUCAUCUGACCACAGCACUUUCACCUAGUUCUCCUCUGAAUCAUUCAGAUGUUCAUUGGCAAACUUCAGACGGCCCUGUAUAUGUGCUUCCUUGAGCAGGGGGACCUUGCGGGCGCUGCAGGAUUUCAGUCCUUCACAGCGUAGUGUGUUACUAAUUGUUUUCUUGGUGACUAUGGUCCCAGCUGCCUUGAGAUCAUUGACAAGAUCCUCCCGUGUAGUUCUGGGCUGAUUCCUCACCGUUUUCAUGAUCAUUGCAACUCCACGAGGUGAGAUCUUGCAUGGAGCCUCAGGCCGAUGGAGAUUGACAGUUAUUUUGUGUUUCUUCCAUUUGCGAAUAAUCGCACCAACUGUUGUCACCUUCUCACCAAGCUGCUUGGCGAUGGUCUUGUAACCCAUUCCAGCCUUGUGUAGGUCUACAAGUUUGUCCCUGACAUCCUUGGAGAGGUCUUUGGUCUUGGCCAUGGUGGAGAGUUUGGAAUCUGAUUGAUUGAUUGCUUCUGUGGACAGGUGUCUUUUAUACAGGUAACAAGCUGAGAUUAGGAGCACUCCCUUUAAGAGUAUGCUCCUAAUCUCAGCUCGUUACCUGUAUAAAAGAUACCUGGGAGCCAGAAAUCUUUCUGAUUGAGAGGGGGUCAAAUACUUAUUUCCCUCAUUAAAAUGCAAAUCAAUUUAUAACGUUUUUGACAUGCGUUUUUUCUGGAUUUUUUUGAUGUUAUUCUGUCUCUCACUGUUCAAAUAAACCUACCAUUAAAAUUAUAGACUGAUAAUUUCUUUGUCAGUAGGCAAACAAAAUCAGCAGGGGAUCAAAUACUUUUUUCCCUCACUGUACCAGUAUGUUCGUCACAAAAUGUCCACACAAACCCAGGUAGAAGAACACAACACAGUCAUCCUCCUCUUGAACCCUGAGGAUUCCCUGUAGAAUGCCUAUGUGAACACCCAACCUGUCUGUGAACCACUGGUAAGAGAUCAGUACCACACGUCUUUGUGUAACUGUCUGAAUAUGGAGAAUCGAGCUCUGACCUUCAGACUCUGAAUGCGAUAAACAGAUUGUUGAGGACUCUCCUGACAAGGAAUGUCCAGUUCCCCCAAAGGAGGUAGAGGAUGUAGAAGGGGCCUCUGCCCAGGGCCAACAACAGGUAACAUACCCAUGAUGUUUGUGCCUGCGCCUGUACGGACGUGUGUGUGUGUGUGUGUGCAUGAUCUCCUUUUCCAACACCAUUUGAUAAAAAUGUGCCUGUCUCAACUUGUCACUAUGUUUGACCAUAGAUCCAGGUAGAUAAGGAUGGAGAUGAGGACAAAGACCGUGACCUGCCCCUCCCUCGCCUUUUGGAUACCCUAAAGAAGCGCUUCUACCUGAGCAGGGACUGUCAGAUCAGGGCAAGACACUGGGCCCAGUUCAGAGCAGAGACCCUGAGGUUGACCCACCAGGGGAUAGUUGUCCUGCAACAUGACCUGGAGCUGGAGCUGGAGAGGGUUAGAGAGGGCCUGGAAGGUAGACGGCAACGCAGAGAGAGGGACCACCACAGUCUAAACCAGGUGAAGAGAGAGACAGAAAAAGAGAGAAGAGCAGAUAAAAGAUGGAUGGAGAAGUUGAAGAUCUGAAGGGAGGAGGAGGAAAGCAAGAGGGAAGAAGGUGGGGAAGAGGAGGAGGAGGAGGAGAGGGAGAGAAGAGUGAAGAGGAGGUGGGAGAGGAGGAGAGUGAAGAGGAGAGUGAGGAUGAAGAGGGAGAUACAGAGGAAGAGAAGGUGGAGAAGGAGGAUGAAGAGGGGAGUGAGGAGGAAGCGAGUGAGGAGGAAGUGAGGAGGAGGAUGGCUUAG